GCUGAGGGAGGGAUGCUCUCGCGCGCCGCUGCCGCGAGGAUGCUCAAGUCGGCGGGCGACCGAUUCACCCCCGAGUGGCAAACGGCUCUUCAGUUUUAGGACAAGGCGAAAGAAACAGUGUCGAGGAUUCCGUAGCUGGAAAGCAGUAUGUCGCUGUCGAAAAAAUAAUUUUGAGGGACGUGUACUGAAAAUUGCGUAGAGGGAACGCAAGUGCCUCAGUGUUGCCAAGUGGACUCCGCCUGCGGUCGCCGGAGAAGUGGAUGUUCAGAGAUUUGGGCAAGGUACUUUUUUGCAUCGUACAAGUCAACGUUCCUGGAGAAAAAACCUUGGUUUUUUUGCAGCAGUGAGCCAUGGGCAGAACUGUGAUCUUCAUUCCAUUACUGUCCACCUGUCUGAUUCUAACUGGGUGCAACUUUUCCUUAGGAAGCCAGUUUUGUCCAGCACAGUGUGUCUGUGAAACUCGACCAUGGUACACUCCUCAGUCGGUGUACCAUCAGGCCAAAACUGUGGACUGCAAUGAACUGCAUCUCAGUGGUGUACCUUGGAACAUUUCUGGUGACACUCAGGUACUGCUUUUGCAGAGUAAUAACAUCUCCCAGAUAACUGUGGAGCUCCAGAAUCUUAUCAAUCUCACAGAACUGGACCUUUCACAAAACCACUUUGCAAAAAUUCAGGACAUUGGGCUGAAUAACCUGACACAGCUCAUCACCCUCUACUUGGAGGAGAACCAGGUGACAGAUCUACCUGAUUUCUGUUUGAUGGACCUGAUUAGUUUAGAAGAGCUCUACAUUAACCAUAAUCAGAUCUCUUCCAUUGGUCCAAAAGCCUUUUCUGGCUUGGGGAACCUCCUACGACUUCACCUUAACUCCAAUAAGCUGGUAGCCAUAGAUAGCCGCUGGUUUGAGUCCCUUCCAAACCUAGAGAUUCUCAUGAUUGGAGAAAACCCCAUACUGGGAUUGCAGGACAUGAAUUUCCAUCCCCUUACCAAACUGCACAGCCUGGUAUUGGCUGGCAUGGGGCUCAGAGACAUUCCGCCAGGUGCGUUUCAGGGGUUGGACUACCUUGAGAGCCUGUCUUUCUUUGACAACAAGCUGACAACAGUGCCAACAGAAGCACUUAGUGUUCUACCCAACCUUAAAUUUCUGGACCUCAACAAGAACCCCAUUGUCCGGGUACGGGAGGGUGAUUUCAGAGACUUCCUCCACUUGGAGGAAUUAAGUCUGAACAACAUGGAGGAGCUAAUGGCUGUGGAGAGGGGAGCCUUUGUCAACCUUCCAGAGAUGGCCAAGUUGGAAAUCCGCAACAACCCACAUCUGUCCUACAUUGAUCGUGCUGCUUUCCAAGAUGUGGUAGGCCUGCGUACCUUACUGGUCAGUAACAAUGACCUCACCCUCCUGCCUCGUGAGCUUUUCUCUUCCUUCCCUAACUUAGAUGAGGUCAGUCUCCACUCCAACCCAAUCAGGUGUGACUGCCUUUCUAUUUGGGGAUCUGCUCUGGGCAAUCAGUCUACCCUGAGGCUUCUGGAGUCCCAGAUCACUCUCUGUGUCUCCCCACCCGAUCUAAUUGGGCAUACCCUGCAAGAGGUGGUUGCAUCAAGUUGGAAUACUGCGAGCAACACCUGCCUUCCACUCAUUUCCCUUCACACUUUCCCCUCGCAACUCAAUGUCACUGCUGGACAACCCCUGACGCUAGACUGCUGGGCAAUGGCUGACCCUGCGCCUCAGUUCUACUGGGUGACACCAGCUGGGGAUAAAGUCACCACAGAAGCUGCUUCACCAGUUUUGACAGAUGGCAGCAGCUCAAAAAAACACAGGCUACAAGAUCAGGGAGCUCUGGAGAUCCUCCAAGUGGAACCAGCAGAUGCUGGUCUCUAUACAUGCGUUGCAUGGAAUUCGGAAGGAGCAGAUACACGCAGUGUUACAGUUUAUGUGGACAACAGUGACUGGCAUAGUGUUGGGCAUCGAGGUGGGGAGCAAGGCUUUGGAAAUGCCACCGGAACACUAAUUGUCAUGGCCAAAAUCAUCCAUUCCCAGUCUGUGGUUCUUGAAUGGAAACUUUACCCACGUGCAAGCCUGUCAAGCCAUGAGGUGGCACAGCCUAAAUGGGCCAGUGCUACCAUGAAGAUUGACAACCCGCAGAUCAGCUACACUGCCAAGGUACCUGUUGAUGUCCAGGAGUACAACUUGACGCACCUACUGCCUUCCACGGAAUACCAGGUCUGUCUUACCAUGGCAACCUCGGAGCAUGAGACCCAACGUUCUUGCAUCAAUGUGACUACAAAGGAAGCCAGCUUUGCUGUUGAGAUGGUGGCCCAGCCUACCAAUGUAGCAUUGGCUGCAGUGAUGGGCUCCAUGUUUGCCAUCUGCAUCAUGGCCUUGCUGGUGUUCUAUAUGGGCCGCCGCAUGAAGCAGAAGUCGUGCCACCACUCUCUGAAAAAGUACAUGCAGCAUGCAACGUCAAUCCCUUUGAAUGAACUCUACCCUCCUCUUAUCAGCCUCUGGGAGAAUGAGGCUGAGAAGGAGAAGGAAGGCCCAGCUGACCCGCAGAACUCACAGAUAGACACAUCUAAGACAUACAUGUGGUAAUGUAAAGCUACGCAGAAGACAGAACAAACAUUCGAACCAACGUAUGACUUACACUCUGAUAAUUUUUUGUCCACUUUUGAGAUUUAAAAUUAAGGUAUAAUGUCAUUGUGGAAAAAAAUCUGAUUAAUUUUAGCCUUUAAAUGUCCCAUGAUUCCCCUACAUGUGGACACACUUUGAAAUGGCAGGUGCCGUACUGAAUUCCUUUGUAGUGGUUAAGCAGUGAAAUCCUGUGGUAUGUUGAAGAUGCUUGAGGUGUGGGAGCUAUCUGAGGUGUAAAACUGAUACUCCACCCUUGACUAACAUGCUGUGAAUACAAAGGAUCAGUAUCUUUCACUGUACAGUAUAACAUCCAUCUAUCCAUCCAUCCAUCCAUCCGUAAUAUCUUGUCCAUAGCACGGUUGCAGUGAUCCAGAUCCUACCUCAAUGAAAUCAUAGGGCAUGAAGCAUGAUAUAACCCUACACGGGAUUCCAGUUUAUAACAAAACAGAUUGUAUCAUUUUGAGUUCUUUACCUGAGAUGGACUGGCCUAGGACCCGGUGAUUCUGGAAGAGGCUUAGAACUGCUGCAACCUUGACGAGGACAAGCGGUUAAUGAAAGUGAGUGAGAGAAUUAUCACUGAAAAAAACGAUCUUACUUUGGCUGGGGCAGUUUGUUAAUUCAGCUGCUGUCCUCAAUGUGCUAGUCGCCAUCUCCAUGGUUAGAUCUUCAGUGAAUCUCGGUGGACUUUACCUUUGCUCCCAUUUUAAGGCAGAACUGGCAACAGGGAUUGGCCAAUUGCUGUGGUAAGAUGUUGUGAAUAACUGGGGUUUUAGGUGAUAAUCUAUUACAAAGUAUUCUACGGCCAGCAAUGGUUUCUGUUAGCAAAUGCAUGUGAUGACUACAAGGUAUCAGCUCACUCAUUUACAUUAUUAAUUUGCCCACGUCAAGCCUGUGGCAGUCUGGAGCCUUCUCUGGAAGCAGAGGGCACAAGGCCAGGAAGGGUAUAUCCUAGAUAGAAUGCCAGUUCAAUGCAUGGUAGCCAAACACACACAUUCAUUCACACACAAAGGGUAAUUGAGAG